AUGCACGUUGCUGUGCUCUGGUUCUGUCUUCUUCCCUCACUGCUCUGCGACAACCUGCGAUGCUACUACAGCCCCAUUCUGGAAAAGGAGAAGAAGUUUGAGCUCAUUGUGACCGAAUGCCCUCCUGAUGAGCUUUGCUUCAAGGCUGAUGGUCGCUAUGGAAACCACAGUGCCUUGUCAGCCAGGGGCUGCAUGGCGAAGAAGGACUGCAGCCAGGUCCACAAGAUCCGCCUCAAAGGAACCGUUUACACUAUGAGCUACAGCUGCUGCGAUGGGCCGUACUGCAACUCCAGCCCAGGGGUUGCUGCCACAUCCCUCUACAUCACACUAACACUGAUUACUGUAGCUGUGAUGGCCAGCAGAGUCUUUUAG